UUUAUCUCUUACUAUCUCUGAGUAAUAUUAUUACACCUAGUUUUCGUGUUGGUGAACACAAUGGUGCAUCCAAGUGAAUUACUCCGAACAAAUUCAAAUGAGACGAGAACUUUUUCAGCACCACGUGCUGAAUACCAGUUAGACUGUGGCCUCAGCAAUUUACCGAUACUUACUAGAUGUUGUAAUUUAGAAAGAUUUGCCGAAAUAAAGGUAUUUCUGGGUGUUUUAUCACUAGUCGGGUUUCUCCAGGGUGUUACGUUAACAUACUUCCGGGAAACGGCUAAACUGUGGGGGAAACACUACAAUAUAUCACAAGAAAAUAUCGAUUGGCUAAUUUAUACAAACGAAUUCUUUAUUGGAAUUUUCGCGCUCGUGGUGGCAUACUACGGAAACAAAAUUCAUCGAGUUUCUUGGAUCGGAGGUUUGACUAUAUUCCAAGCGAUAUCCUCUGCACUUUUGCUAGUUCCCGAAGUUUAUCGGAAGAAUUAUGAAGAACAGAAGACUAUCACAGACCUCAAUUUAUGCGUCCCUCAUAUUUCAUCUACUACACCAAAAGAUACUGAGCUAAAUUACAUAGCAUUGACAGUUUUGAUCGUAUAUCAGAUAUUGUUUGCCAUGGCAUCCAUUUCCUUUAUAUCGCACGGUAUGACAUAUUUGGAUGACAACUCAUCUGCGAAAACUAGCGCCGGCUAUAUAGGUAUCGCACUAGCCUUUAGAGAACUAGGAAAACAAGCAGGCCUAUACUUCUCCUGGAUACCCGCUUACGUCAAAACGAACUCAAUUUUUGCGUCCCCAGUAUGGCUGUGUAUAGCAUCCGCCGUGUUCAUUUCCGGGGCACUAAUCGCAAUGUUUCCAAAAAGCAUGCCUUCAACGUUAGUCCGCGCAUUCUCAGCUUCCCUCGUCGACCUAGCUUCCGGUCAUGCAAUGCGUCCCCAAAAACAACCCAAAGUGGAUGGAUUUUUCAAAACACUGUUCCGCCUACUCAAAAAUAAGAUCCUAAUGGUGAACAUAUUUUGUGCGGUGUUCAUGCAAUCAGGCCUUGUCAAUUUUAACAUUUUCGAAAAGUAUUUUAACCAAGCGCGGUUUCAAAUCGCGUAUGACAACGACACGUCGUACACUCAGUUUACGACGAAUAUCUUGAAGCAGCCUUUGGUGGCCAUUUCCAUAGUUGCUGCUGGGUUUCUGACUGCGAAAACGAAACCGCAUUUACAGUCUCUGGUCAAGUGGAAUAUAGUUGCUAUAAUACUUGUGAUUAUAUUUUUCGGUAGUACUGCUUUUUUGAGAUGUGAACCUAAGACCAAGUACGACCAUACGUUCGAAAGGAAUAAUAUUAACAAGGACUGUCACUGUACUGAUGGAGAAUUCCAACCUGUAUGUGUGAACGAGAAAACUUAUUAUUCACCAUGUUUCGCCGGUUGCAUGGAAGUUAACACAGUUAAUUCCAGAAAAACCUACAUCAAGUGUCAUAGCAACCAUAACAAACAGGCAGCAGAUGGUCCUUGCAACGAAACAACAUGUGUUUUGUUUUAUGCGUUAUCACAAGUUAACCGUGUCAUCACCACCGCUUUAUUAGCGUCCACUCUUGUAACAAACUUGAUCAUCAACAUGAGAUGCAUCUUAUCAAAAGACAAGGCAACAGCGUUAGGACUUGAAGCUACUUUCAUAGCUCUAAUUACAUACUUACCUGUUAGAGCGAUCUAUGGAACCGUCGCAGAGCACUAUUGCGUCUACCCCAAAAGGAACAGAUCAGUAUGUAGACUCUAUUCUAAAGAUUUUGCAACGUUUCUAUCCCUAUGUACUAUUGGGUUUAUGGUUUUGUCUCUGCUACUAGCUUGCGUUGUGUUGAUUUUUCUAAAACUGUAUCCUGUUGUCGACCGAGGCAACGACGAUGAAGAAGAUGAAGACGAUGAAAAUCCUCCUGUUGAGUUAAGAGAAAUGCAAACCCCACCCGAUGAAAGAAAUCGAUUGAUGAGUGACCAAAGUCGCGAUGAGGUUGAUCAAGGACGUUUGCAGAAGUCGGGCUCUGCACACUCAAUCUCCGACUCGCUGCUAGAAAUGGAAAAUGUGGGAGAUGAUCAUGAUUCUAUUGACUCAUCGUCGCAUUUGGAUGACGUACGGGUACAACGCAGUCGAGUAAUAGAAAGUGAUUUAUAAUUAGGAUAUAUACAACCAGUAUUUAUUUACAAGACUACUUACUCCAAAAGACUCAAGAAAUUACAAUGAUUCAUUUGUUAGCUGGCUAAAUCCUCUAGUUCGAGUUCAAUUUCUUCGUCAAAUAUUUUUAAUCCUUUUACGAAAAACCAGACACCCGCAUCGAAAAGAGUUCCAAUCAAGACGAACGUCGCCGCGGUGAAAUUCAUUGUGUAUCUUAAGGUUUUUCCAUUAUAUAACCAACAGUUUCCAUUUCCGGUACAAGUCUUUCCCCACACCAGACAGGCCUUAUCUGGAAAGAAUUCAAGUGACAACGGACUAUAUCGCUCUCUAUUAUUUGUCUAACCUAAGAUUAUUCCGAAGAGGAUGGGCGAAGGAACGAAAGCGCAAAGACUCAUUAGCAUCAGACCGAAACCCAUUGCCACAGGUUUAUCCUUUUCUUCCACACACCUGCAUAUUUAAUUUCACGACGUUAGAUCUGUUAGUUUUACAAUAAAUCGUUAAAAAGUACAAAA